UUGUAGCCGAAGCAUUAGAGCACAUAAAAACGUCAUGGCUCCCGUUGACAGCUCCCCGGCUAGUAACAUGGCUGGUUUUGAGUUAAUAUGUUCAUUGAAAUCGAACGAUUUAAUACCCGUGCAUAAAUAUAAAUCGUCAAACACCGGGCUCACCGUUGUUAUAGCGGAGGUGGACGGCCCCGUCGUCAAUGGGUACUUUUGUCUGGCCACUGAGGCCUAUGAUGAUGACGGUCUCCCCCAUACGCUGGAGCACUUGAUAUUUUUAGGCAGUGAAAAAUAUCCUUACAAGGGUGUUCUAGACUUGUUAGCUAACAGAUGUUUAGCAUCAGGUACAAACGCUUGGACGGAUACCGACCAUACUUGUUACACUAUGACCACAGCUGGGAGCGAAGGAUUUCUCUCACUGAUGCCCAUAUUUCUUGAGCACAUUCUGUAUCCGACGUUAACGGAUUCUGGAUUCAUAACCGAAGUUCAUCAUGUAACUGGGGAAGGGGAAGACGCGGGUGUAGUCUAUUGCGAAAUGCAGGGAGGAGAAAAUAGUGGAGAAUCUUUGGUCCAUAACGCUUUAACAAGAGCUAUUUAUCCAGGACGUUGUGGAUAUAAAUCAGAAACUGGAGGUAUGAUGAAAAACUUGCGAGAAAGUACGAACAAUGAUAAAGUCAGAAAGUAUCAUAAGGAGUUUUACAGGCCGGAAAAUUUGACCGUUAUCAUCACUGGACAAGUGAAACAUGCGGACGUUUUUAAAGCUGUGCAACCACUUGAACAAAAAAUAAUAUCAAAGGGGGAUAGAGGACCAUAUGUAAGGCCUUGGCAAAGCCCAGUCCCGCCAUUAACAGAGAGUAUUGAUUUGGACAUACAUUAUCCCUGCGACGAUGAGGAUAAUGGACUGAUAAAUAUUGGUUGGCGUGGUCCGUCAGCAGUUACUGAGCUAUACCAGUUAACAGGGUGUUCAAUACUGCUUAAAUAUUUGACAGACAACUCAGUCAGUCCUCUACAGCGAGAAUUUGUUGAAAUAAAUGAUCCUUAUGCAAGUAAAGUAGCCUACUCUCUUGCCGAAAAUUCAGAGGCCAUGUUGUACUUGAUAUUUGAAAAUGUGCCAAAGGCGAAGAUACCGCUGGUAAAGGAUCAUCUAGUUAAAACGCUGAAAGAUAUAGCUGAUGGAGAAAAUGGUAUUGAUAUGAAAAGAUUGAACACAGUCAUUCAAAGACACAUAUUAGAAACUUUGAGUAACUUGGAAAAUAGUCCACAUGAUUCAGUCGCGUUUAUGGUAAUUGGCGAUAUUCUUUACGGCCAGAGUAAAGAAGAUCUGGACCACAGAUUAAACCAAAUAGAGGAUUUGAAGAAGCUUGGUAAAGAACCAGCCUCAUAUUGGCAUAAUAUUUUGAAGAAAUACUUCAUCGAAGGGCCUAUGGUGGUUGUGAAAGGAUUUCCUAGCCAGGAGAAACAGCUGGAAAUAGGUAAAAGUGAACGGCAAAGAGUAGAGCAGCAAAUAGAAGCACUGGGACCAGAGGGUCUUAAGAAAAAAGCACAAGAACUGCAGGAAGCAAUGACUUUGAAUGAGAGACCAAUUCCUGAUGAGAUGUUAACAUGUGUCCCAAUACCCAGCACAGAUUCAAUAAACUUUCAUCAUAUUAAGAAUUUCACAUCAGACACAGCCGAGCAGCAUCCCAAAUUGAAUUUGAACAAUUUGCCAUUGUUCACGUAUUUGGAUCAUGUCAAUACAAACUUUGUCUAUAUGUCCGUGAUUAUGGACUCAGCUGGUAUACCACGGGAGUUGAGGCCCUAUCUUCCGCUUCUUCUUGAAGCGAUAUUGGAAAGCCCUAUUAAAAGAGGUGACACGUUGAUACCAUAUGAACAAGUUGUUGCCGAACUUGAAGCGGACACUAUAGCGACUAGCAUUGGAAUAGGAUUCGAUGGAACAUCUAGGUUUUCAUGCGGAGCUUACAGUCACAGCGUGAAUUUCAUGUUACAACUUGAGCCAACUAAAUAUGAGAAAGGAAUACAAUGGAUCAGGGAACUUCUUUACGAGACUGAACUCACUCCAGAGAGACUGAGAAUCAUUGCUGCUAAAAUAGUCAACGAAGUUGCUCAGGUUAAAAGAAAGGGAAAUAAAGUCGUAGGUGAUCUUAUGAAAGGUCUUAUAUAUAGUAAGGACAGCAAUCACUUUUCAUCUAGUAUGUUGAGGCAGCAUAAAUUUUUGACAGAAGUAAUUGAACGUUUGAACAACAGUGCGACUCAAGACGAAGUAUUAAAAGAGAUUGAAUCGGUUAGGAAAACAUUGACUACGUCUGAGAACAUGGUGUUUCAUAUGGCGGUAAAUGUUGAUAAGUUGGCUGGUCAUGUUUCCAACAUCUACCAACCUUGGGAGGUACUAUUACCUCAAGGAAACAAUCCUAGCAAAUCGAAAUUACGUGUUACACAGGAUUGGGCGCUGAUGAUCCCGCCAGCUGAUGAACCAGCUAACAGCUGUGUUACAGGCCUUGGGUGUAUUGAGUCCGCAUUUUUCUGUCAAUGCAGUCCUUGUAUAAAAGAUUUUCUCAGUCCUGAUUUAGUGCCGCUACUCGUAUUUUUACAAUAUCUAACACAACUCGAGGGUCCGAUGUGGAGACAAAUCAGAGGUCAGGGAUUAUCUUAUGGAUACAGUGUUCUCCCUCACCUAAACGAGGGAUUUUUGUACUUGACGUUUUACAGAGCAACGAACGUCCUGGCUGCUUACAAGGAGGCUAAAACCAUAAUGGAAAGUCAUUUUGAGGGUGGGAAGUGGGAACAGGCUCUGUUUGAGUCAGCUAAGUCCUCUUUGAUAUUCGAAGUAAUUGAGAGACACAAAAGUGUUGGUGAUGUGGUAGCUCAGUCACUUUUUUCUUACUUAAAAAAUGUCCCUCACGACUAUGACAGACGCAUGGUUCAACACAUAUCGGCAGUAACAAUUGAGGAUAUAAAUUCUGUCGGACCUAAAUAUGUAAAACAAUUAUUCGACCCCAAGGAAUGCAAAACAACUAUUGUUUGUCAUCCUUCAAAAGCGACCGAAGUUGCUGAGGGUUUUGAAGAGCUAGGCCAUAAUUUGAAAGUGUACAAUUCAUUAGAAGAAAGUUACCUCAAUGUUUGGUAAAUCGCUAAUAAUUCAACAUCGCGGGGUUUUCUUUUAUUCAUUCUAUUCAUUU